UGGUGAUGAUGGUGGUGGUAAUGAUUUUCACUUCAAACAUUAACUGCAUUGUCUUCAUUUAGUUUGGUUCAGCUAUCAAAUUUAUCUCUUCAUGAAUUGAAGGAAAAGAUCAGACAAGGUAAACAUGAAGGAAGCAAUAUCUAGUCUUCCUUGUAUUCUGUGUAUUGUAUUAAAGUGUAUACUAUUUACUAUUGCUUACUUUCUUGAAAGAUGGUAUUCCAGAUUUUGAGCUGUUUAUUCCAUAUGUUAAGAGAAACAUGAAGGAAGCAAUAUCUAGUCUUCCUUGUAUUCUGUGUAUUGUAUUAAAGUGUAUACUAUUUACUAUUGCUUACUUUCUUGAAAGAUGGUAUUCCAGAUUUUGAGCUGUUUAUUCCAUAUGUUAAACAUGAAGUUCAAACACAUGGAACCUACCUUGCUCAAACACAGAACCUAAGGUAAGUUUGCGGAUGAUUUGCUCUACUAAAACAACCUUUACAUACUGUAAUUUGUUGGGCUGAUUUUGGGUGUCGCUGACGAGUAUUUUCAAUUGAUGAUGUCAUUUUACUGUACAGUACCUAACUUUUUACAGAACGUUGCUAAAGAAUAAUUUGAUCCCAGAAUUAAAGAAAUCUAUUGAUCAAUUGAAAGAGGAAUGCUACUCCUUUGUGGAUGAAACUGUUCAUUCCCCUGUGGUCUCUCUAGAGUCCUUUGUAAGUACACAGUGUCAUAUUAUAAUGUGUGCAUUUACUGUAGUCUCAGUGUGGUACUGUGGUCUCUACAAUAUGCAGUUGUGUGAUUAUAAUUUCACCUCAGUUUCAGUUUUAUAUUCUAGCAUGACUGUACCAAAAACCUCAAUUUUUUUCAGGACUUUGGUCUAGGUUUAUUGCCUGCUACUCCAUCACCGGCUUUCAUCACUUCCGGACAUCUUACUCAUAGUGCAAGUAGAAUGCCUGAGAUCUCGUUGAAAAAGACCCCGAAGAGCCAAGGUGAGACAGAUCUAGAAUUAGGAGCGAUUAAAGAAAUAUAUUAUUCAAAAUGUUUAUACAGUACAUUAAUACUGUAUGUGAAAAAGGAUGAGUAGUAUUUCACAAUCUAGCCUUAAAAUAAAAUUUAUCUUACAGCUACUCCAGAUGUCAUUGAAAAUUUGACAAGUAGCAUUCGAGAAAUGGUUAUCAGGGGCAACCAACAACCAGGUAUGUUUGAACAUGGUAUGAACAUAGUUUGCCUAGACAGUAUAGAAGUCAGGUCAAACCUUGUAUAAAAUUGAAAUAAUGGCCAGUGUUUCGUUUUCAAUAUUUUAGAUGAAAAUCAAUUUCAAUCUGAGGUUCUUAGUGCAAGGUAAAAUAUCAUAAGCUGUCAUGGCUGAAUGAAUUUGUUAGCCAGUCAGUGAAUUGUAGCAAAGGCCAGGCUUAAGCUUGUAGCUUUUAGUCUAUACUAUCUCAAAAUGUUUGGUUAUUUUCCCCAUAGGACUUUUGAUAUAAGAGAAACACCCAAAACUUUUGUGUCCAAGAUUCCCAAACCAGUGAAUCGUAGACUGAGUCAAACUCCAGAUGUAACUACCAACAAAUCGAUGGCUGUAAGACGCAGAUCUUUAACAACUACUAAGAAACCAAAGAGGACAAGGGGUGAUGGGGUUAAAAUGGAGAAGGUUGAUACAAAGAAAGGAUUUCCUAACACUGGAGUGACUGGUUCAAAAGAUGGGUCACAAAGGAAAGUGGUUGGUGAAAAGAAACUACAUGUAGGUUUGAUGUUGUAGUCUGGUGCUGGUGAUGGUGGUAGUGUUGACAGAGAUAGAUGCCAUUAUCACCCCAUCACCAGAUUUAUCACAAUCAUCAUCAUACCCCUCACCAUCAUCAUCAUCAUCAUCACCAUUGUGGUGAUGAUGAUGGUGAUGUGAUGAUGGUGUUGGUGAUGAUGGUGUUGGUAAUGAUGGUGGGUGAUUUGGUGAUGCCGUGGUAAUAAUGGUGAUGAUGAUGGUUAGUGAUGGCAAUGAUGUGUCUUGUCUGUUUAGGUCACUAAUACCAAUGCCAGUGAUCAUCAAUUCAGAACACCUUUAGCAACUGGAACAAGGUCAUCUUUUAUGAAACAGCAUUCAUCAGCCAGGAACAUUUUGGCAGAAAAGGUAAGGAUAUAAGUCUCACUGGUGCUCACUAAAUGAAUAGUUUGUGUGAAUGAAGUAUCAUUUCCAUGUUUAGAUUGCCGCAGCAGUGUUUUCAGAUGAGCCAUCAAGUCUAGUGGGAUCAACACAAAGCUCCUCUGAAGACAACACACCCAAGGUAGGGUAAUAGGGUUUUUCAUUUUGAAUUAAAACGCACUACAUUACGAUCAACCCUGUGGUCUGUGGUCCCCCCCUUUGCAUUUGACGAAAAUUUUUCAAAGUAGUUGUUUUGAUGAAAGAGAUGGUUUUCGACAAUUUUCAGAAAGUUUGGAGUAUGUUGAGGCAUUUUUUGAAUUCUUAAAAUAAAAUGCUGUGGUCUCCACUUUUUUAAAGUAUGGUACAAUUGCAUUGGUGGUUUUUAAUUGUUUUUUGUUUAUCUUCUAGGAUUUGGCUAUUGCUGACCCACUUGGGAAUCUAAGUAAGUUUUCUCUCAUUCUAUUUUUUUAACACUCAUGACUGUUGUGGGUUAUUCUUGAAGUGUAUUUUGUGAUAAAAACAAUCUUUAAUUUAAACUUUUUCUAUUAUAGCGGAGGCACCUUUCAUAUCAAAGGAUCUUAUUCCAAGAACUCCAUUCAAAAGGGACAAGUUUCUCUUGGGUAAGUAGUAGUCUUUCACACUACUACACUAGUCUUAAUCUCUGCUAAAUGCAGUUGUCUGAUUAAAAUGUUCAUUUUUUGUCAUUUCCAUUAUACCACUCACUUUUUACUUUAUUGACUAAACAUCUUAAACAUGCCUGCAUGUGUGUAUUGUUUCAGAUCCAAAUGACGAUGAUGGCCCAGGAUCAAUGAAAUCACACGCAACGGACCAUAAUAUGACAACAACGAACAAACAAUGUCCAAGUGUGGAUGCUACAUUGCUUCUAGAAUCACCAUUAUUAGAAUUUGAUACAACUGUUAUGAACAAUGGUGUUUCCAAAAGCAACACCAAGUCGCCAAUACGAUAUUUACAGCAAACGUCACCAACUGCACAUGUAAUGUCACCAUUUGAGAGUCUGACAUCAUGUAAAGUCCAAGUCAGUCCAAGCCCUGUAGUAAGUUUUGGAGAUCUGGUUAAAGAUCAGUCUACCUCAGUCAGUUCAAAAACUGUUAACACUGCUGCUACGUCAGGAACUACCCAUGUAUCCAGUGACAUCAUUUUGCAAUAUCAACGGUUAAAGAAAGCACAAGAGACCAAUGGCUUACUUCAAAAUAACUCUCCUCAAACUCCAGAAAUAUUCACUCGUCCCACCAUAGGGAAUGGUGAAAAUCUUGCCACAGUGUCAGGUGGUGAAGAUAGUGGUCCACGCCUGCAACCUCCAUCUGUCAGUGCCAGUUACAUUAUGCCACCGUCACAUACAACCAACCCUGCAUUAUUACGCUACCAACAAUGGAAGAAAGUUCAGGAGGUGUUUCCAAGUUCUGGUACAAAGGUCACUAGUCCUCGCCUGCAAUCCACAGGUGUUAUGGUCAGUGGGGCCUCCCUCACACCAGAAAUUAAGUCACACAAUCUAUUGCAACACUACCAAGUGGGUAGUCACACAAGUGACGUCACUAGUCCUCACCCAAGAUCAACCGAUAUUAUGGCUAGCAGAGCUUCCCAUGCUUUGGAAAUGAUGUCACACAAUCUGUUGCUAGGCAACCAUGUGGGGACUUAUGUCAGUAGUCCGAGUCUGCAUUCACCACCCCUCAAAGUCGAUGAUAUGUUGACACCAUUCAUGAAUGGUCACCAUGGGUUGCUAAGAGGCCCAAAACCAGAACUCUCCAUGGUUGCUGAUGAUGUCAUCAAUGAUGUCGAUGAUAUCACUCGAUCACACCAGCCAGCGACACAUGUGACAUAUUCAAAGGGUUUUGCAACACCGAUGGUGUCAUCCAUGGGGAACCAUUUCUAUGAAUUUGGCCAAACACCUCUGGACCACAUUGCACCACCAAUGGAUUUUACUGGUAACUCAUUCCACCGUGAUAGGAGGGAAAGUGUUAGGUCAAGGCUGUCGUUUGACUUUGAUACUCCAGGGUCAAGCCUACGAACUUCCUUGGCACAACAGGGUUAUUUGAAUACACCAAGUGCUCGAGAAAUUGCUAAUAUGAAAAGGGACGAUGUGAUAGGACAGAAGGAGUUUAAACUUAUUCCAGUCAAUACAGAUGAUUUGUUUCAAGAUGAAUAUCGUUUGCCAUUUGAAGAAAACAUUGGGGAUUUCAAGAAAGAUAUAGGUAUGUUUUACUUUGAAGUUUGUGUUUUACCUUAGAGAAAUACUUCUUGUUUAGAUGGUGGUGCAUUAUUUUGGUGGCAAAUAAUAAAUGAAAUCGAAAGAUUCAGACAUGUAAUUUAUCUUGCUCCUAUAAAGGCCGAUUUACAAUGCACAAUUUUUGCCUAAAACUGUUGUAGGUGAGUUGUGUGCUUGAUUUACACAGUACAACUCAAGCUGGUUGCAUGCAACACUUUUAAGUGUCAACAUUUCUUGAAAUGAUCUCGCCUUGAUUCUGAAUUGUAGAACCAGAAAAUGUUAAAGAAGAACAAAGAAAUUCAUCUGUUGAAAAUACAGACACUACCGAGGUAUCGAUAGACUCAACUCCACAUGUGGAGGUUGGACAAUUAAUUGAAUUUGAUUGAAAGAUAUAUAUGAUAUAUUCUUACAAUUCCAGUCUGAUAUUAGUGGGUUUCAUUGACCAUUACCUUAGCUGCAGAUGGUUGGUCAAACGUCAAAACUGUCUAUCGAUUACAUGUAUUGGCUUCCAAAUAUGUACAACGCUACAACGUACAAUGAAAUAUAGUUUCUUACUAUGACUGGUUGACCACCAUCUGCACCAUACUAAUGCUUGAUGAAACCGUAGUCAAUAGAAUGAGAACUGAGAAUGUUAGGGAACUUGAUGCAGACAUAUAGACCUCAUUAUCUGUUAUUGUCUUGGUUUAUAAAAGAAAUGGUCGGUUCAUCAACCAAUAGCUGUUUUCAUUUAACCAUUGUGUAAACACACGUAAAAACGCACAGCUUGUAACAAGUCCGCAAACAAGUCUGUUCACAAGCUGUCAACAAGUUGUGUUCGCACUGCUUGUUCCCAGUUUGUUGUGACAAGUUUGAAACAAGCUGUUAACAACUUGUAACAAGCUUGAUGGCAUUAUCAGCCUUGUUACAAGACUGUGCUAACAAGUUUGUUACAACCAUGAUAUAACAAGAAUGUUACAAGGUUGAUGAUACAAGGUUGUAACAAUACUGCUAUAUCAUGACUGUAUCGGACUUGUUGGAACAACCUUGUAACAAGUCUGAUAAUAUCAACAAGGUUGUUACAAGUUGUUAACAGCUUGUUCCAAACCUGUUGACAACUUGUGACAAGCAGUGCGAAUACAUCUUGUUGGCAGACUUUUUACAAGAUGUGAGAUUUUUGCGUGUGUAUCACGACUGGGUAUUUAAACCAACACACUGCUAUUGGUUGGUUAGGCAGGAAAAACCCCCACUUGUGACGAUGAAUAUCGACCAUUUUUUGCAAAGACCGAGACAAAAACAGAGAUAUUGAGGUCUACUGUAUUAUGUUUGCAUCGAGUUCCCUAACCUUAUUCUAUUGACCAUGAUGAAACCCAGAUACAUUCAGACAGAUGUAUAUAUAUAAAGGAGGUGUAUAAUGCUUAAUUAUUAGGCUUAUGAUACAGUAUAUUAGACCAAAAAUUAAAUUAUAACAAUCUUUUUAAAAUUCUGGAUUAUGGCAUAGAUCAAUAGGUCAUUUCCAAAUUAUGUCUAUUUGUAAAAUCCAUGUUGUGGUUUUGUGGUAAAUUAUCCUGGUUGCCAGAGGUUCUGUAUCUUUCGCCUUAUUCCCGCUCGUAUAUAGAACCUCUGGCAACCAGGGUAGUGGUAAAUUUACUAUCAGUAGAAACAUAACUUUGCAUCCAUUCUACUGUAAUUCAGAAAUGACCUAUAGCAGUUGAGCUCAUGCAUGUUGAAAACAACUCAAAACAAGCAGCUACAAAGUAGGUGGAAUAAUAAGUUUCCAUUUUAUUUUAUUCUAAUCAAAUGUUUGCUACAGGUCAGCUAGUGGAUGCAAGAGGUGCACAGAUGUAAUGUAGGCGUAAUUAGCUAAUGAACAAAAGUGCAAUAUUUGAAUUGAAACUCUGCAUUUUACUAUAUUACAGCAACAAGGUAUAUAAUUAUGAUCAAGGCUUGACAUAACAUUCCUAAAGUUCUGAUCAUGGUGAUUGGCAGUCAUGAUUUUCCUUGCUUUUUCUGAUUGGAAAACACCCUGCUUUUUCACCGAUCAUAAACAAUUUCUUAUUUUCUUGGUGAUCAGCUGUUAUUUCAAGCCUUGGUUAUGAUGUUACAUUUACAGUAUUCACUAUAUUAUUUUGACACCAUUGCCCUCAAUUUUGAAAAUUGAAUAUUACACUAUUAAUAUUAAUAUAUUAAUAUCCAGUUAGUAAUUGAAGCAGAAUAUCAACAUUGAGCUAUUUAAGUAUUAAAUCUAUUCAGUUGUCUUUUCAACUAGAUCAAAUUCAGCAGUAAGUAAUCUGUGAUCAGAAAGGGUAAAUUCUGCUGGCCACUCCUGUAGACAAAACAGUGAGAUAGUUAAAUUAUGU